AAGUUGCAUCUUAACGUCCUUCAGUCCCCUCGAAUCUAUCAAUUAUCAUUUCUAUUAUUCGUCAUUCUAGUAAAACCGUGCGAAUUUCUUGUUGUUUUGCUAAUUUCAUUUUUUCUUUCACCUGAAUCUCUCUAUCGUCAUUGUGUCGUUCAUCGACUCAAUAAACGACCUCCAUUUUUGUUGCAACUAUUUCGUUCGGUGUAUUUCUUGCAGUAUUGCUCCGUUUAUUAAUUUUUAAUAUUUUUUCAAUCUUUUUGCAAUUUGUCGACUGUAACUCUACGAUAAUUGAAACUUUUAGGUUAAAGUUAAUGCAACCUUACUAGACAACAGGAAUCAUAAAUUAAUAUGUAUAAAAUAAUGCUUGUUAGUGGUGGAUUGUAGUCUGCAACGAAUUUGACAUUUACAUGCAUAGAUAUAACCUGAAGGAACCUGUUUAACAUCAUUGACCACACACUUAAUAGAACAUGAAAAGUACAUAUGUAUAAAGCAUUUUUUUUCAAAAAUGACACAAGGAUAUACAUGAAAUCAAGGAUGUCAUAUUUAAGGAAUACAAGAAGUUUUGUCAACAACAUUUUUUGUCUCUGAAUUUGGAGCAGUUACAGUGAUAGACUAAAUCACGUCUGUACAUUGUGAGAAACAUGCCUCUGUUCGGAAAGUCUCAAAAGAGUCCGGCGGAGGUCGUAAAAGCUCUUAAAGAAGCAGUAAAUGCAUUGGAGCGUGGUGAUAAGAAGGUAGAAAAGGCUCAAGAGGAUGUCAGUAAAAAUUUGGUACACAUAAAAAAUAUGCUUUAUGGAACAGCUGAGACAGAGCCCCAAGCAGAUAUUGUUGUUGCCCAAUUGGCACAAGAAUUAUAUAAUAGUAAUUUGUUGCUUUUACUUGUGCAGAAUCUUAGUCGUAUAGAUUUUGAGGGAAAGAAAGAUGUCGCGCAAGUGUUUAACAAUAUACUGCGAAGACAAAUUGGAACCAGAUCUCCAACAGUGGAAUACAUAUGUACCAAACCAGAAAUAUUGUUUACUCUUAUGUCUGGGUAUGAGCACCAAGAUAUCGCCUUAAAUUGUGGCACUAUGUUAAGAGAAUGUGCGAGAUACGAGGCUCUGGCUAAAAUAAUGAUCUAUUCGGAUGACUUUUACAAUUUUUUCAGAUAUGUUGAAGUAUCAACCUUCGACAUAGCUUCCGACGCAUUUUCUACAUUCAAAGAAUUACUUACCAGGCAUAAAAUACUGAGCGCUGAAUUUUUAGAAAUAAAUUACGAUAAAGUUUUCUCUCAUUAUCAAAGGUUAUUGAAUUCGGAAAACUAUGUAACGCGACGACAGAGUUUGAAACUGCUAGGGGAACUUUUACUUGAUAGACAUAAUUUUACCGUAAUGACACGAUAUAUUUCAAAUCCUGAUAAUCUGAAGUUAAUGAUGAAUAUGCUUAAAGAAAAAUCGCGUAAUAUACAGUUUGAAGCGUUUCACGUUUUUAAGGUGUUCGUGGCAAAUCCAAACAAGCCAAAACCGAUACUAGACAUUUUACUGCGCAACCAGGAGAAGCUAAUCGAAUUCCUGACACGCUUCCACACUGAUCGUUCCGAGGACGAGCAAUUUAACGACGAGAAGGCGUACCUAAUUAAACAAAUUCAAGAACUUCAGUCUGUACAUGAGAAUUAAGUCCUAAAUACAAGUUAUUGCUACAGCUACCGUUAACUACUA